CUUCCUGCUCUUGCCUCGGCCCCUGCCAGGUCCUCGGGGGCCUGGGAGUGUCAUUGGUGGAUGACCGCAGCCCUUGCUGAGGCCGCUGUCACUGCGACCAUGGCCCCUGGCAGCAGUGGCCUCUCCGCCGCCCGCCUCCUGUCUCGCUCCUUCCUCCUGCAGCAGAAUGGAAUUCGGCAUUGUUCCUAUACAGCUUCCCGGAAACACCUCUAUGUUGACAAAAAUACGAAGAUUAUUUGCCAGGGAUUCACUGGUAAGCAGGGCACCUUUCACAGCCAGCAGGCAUUGGAAUAUGGCACCAAACUCGUCGGAGGAACCACUCCCGGGAAAGGAGGCCAGACGCAUCUUGGCUUACCGGUCUUUAAUACUGUGAAGGAGGCCAAAGAACAGACGGGAGCAACGGCUUCCGUCAUUUACGUCCCUCCUCCUUUUGCCGCUGCUGCCAUUACUGAGGCCAUUGAGGCCGAAGUGCCCCUGGUCGUGUGCAUCACUGAAGGCAUCCCGCAGCAGGACAUGGUGCGGGUCAAGCACAGACUACUGCGCCAGGGAAAGACGAGGCUGAUUGGGCCAAACUGCCCUGGAGUCAUCAAUCCUGGAGAAUGCAAAAUUGGCAUCAUGCCUGGCCAUAUUCACAAGAAAGGAAGAGUUGGUAUUGUGUCCAGAUCUGGCACCCUGACGUACGAAGCAGUUCACCAAACGACACAAGUUGGAUUGGGGCAGUCUUUAUGUGUUGGCAUUGGAGGUGAUCCUUUUAAUGGAACAGAUUUUAUUGACUGCCUUGAAAUCUUUUUGAGUGACCCAGCCACAGAAGGCAUAAUAUUGAUUGGUGAAAUUGGUGGUAAUGCAGAAGAAAAUGCUGGAGAGUUUUUGAAGCAACACAAUUCAGGUCCCAAGGCCAAGCCAGUGGUGUCCUUCAUAGCUGGUUUAACGGCUCCUCCCGGCAGGAGAAUGGGUCAUGCAGGGGCAAUUAUUGCUGGAGGAAAAGGCGGCGCUAAAGAGAAGAUCUCUGCUCUUCAGAGUGCAGGGGUGGUUGUCAGCAUGUCUCCCGCGCAGCUGGGAAGCACCAUCUACAAGGAGUUUGAAAAGAGGAAGAUGCUAUGAAGGAAAACAGAAGUUCCUUGAACCUGUGGAAUGAAUCAUAGAAAUGUGAGCAGCAGCAGUUUGCUUCUAUUACCCACUGAUUGGCAGCCGGUGUGCCUGUCUCUGGCCUUUCCCGGCAGCGCCACGUCAGGCAAGGUUUAGAAUGUCCUAGAUUGAGAUGACGUCACCUCAUCGUGUAACAGAGACAGCCAAUAAAUCUACCUUUGAUUUGAA